CAAGGAUCUCUCUCCCCUCUUCCUCUUCCUCCUUCUGCACUUUCCGUCUCGACGUAAUCAUGGCUAACGCGGCUUCUGGAAUGGCUGUGGAUGAUGAAUGCAAGCUGAAGUUUCUGGAGUUAAAAGCACGGAGGACCUACCGAUUCAUUACUUACAAAAUCGAAGAUCAGCAGGUGAUCGUUGAUAAGAUCGGUGGUACUGACCAGACCUAUGAGGAUUUCACAAACUCCCUCCCUGCUGACGAAUGCCGCUAUGCUGUCUUUGACUUUGAUUUUACCACCGAUGAAAAUUGCCAGAAAAGCAAAAUUUUCUUCAUUGCCUGGUCGCCGGAUACGUCUAAGGUGAGAAUGAAGAUGGUGUAUGCAAGCUCAAAGGACAGAUUCAAGAGAGAACUAGAUGGAAUCCAAGUUGAGUUGCAAGCCACUGAUCCCAGUGAGAUGAGCUUCGACAUCAUAAAAUCUCGAGCAAUCUAAAUAAUAAUGUUCCUCUAUGAGGGAGCUUCUUUUCAUGAAUUUCCUUUACUGCUUAUGCUUGAACGUUGUCCUUUUUUUGUUAAUUUGUCUUUUCUUCUUAAUUUUUUUCUAUUUCCGUUCAACGAAAAGACAUUAUUGUAGCGUAAUGUAACAUUACUACGCACUCAUAUUGUUCAUGUUUGAAGACAUUUUGAUUCCCUACCUCAAUGGAAAUUUAUU